CUUCAUCAGAAACAGAACGGGCUAUCUACAGCCUCAUCUUCAUACUGUUUUUCCACCACUGCCCCGGCCUGCCAAGCGCCCCCUCCUUUCCUUGUCAGAGUCCUGGUAAUCCACAGCCAUCCCGGAAACUGCAGAAAGGACUUUGCUCUUUAUUGAAGCAUCUUCUAUAAUCAGUCUGUGAUCUGCAUUCAACUUUUGCAUUCCUUGAAAGUUUGGACAUGAGGACAGUGACUGUUUUAUUAACAAAUGCCAGAAUAAGGGUUUCUUUCAAUUGUGAGGAUGAACCAUUCUUUAGAAAACUCCAUUCCAUAUGAAGACUUUUUAAGGAUGAAAGCCCAGACUAUACCUCCCCAUCGCAUGAAGGAAUUCUUAGAUUCUCUAAAUGGCAAGGGAUCUGAUGAAUUACAGCAAUUUGUUCAUUCUCCAAUUUCUGUAUAUCAACAAAGGAACCAUUAUUUUUACAUGGACAGUACUGAUGUUGCAGGUUCUUUGCUUGAACUGGCUAGGCCGAUUGCUUCUCCUUUACAACAUCCCACAGUCAGCCCUGGUAUGCCCCUAGAUCAGCAUCACCUUCCAGCGCAUCAUGUACAGUUACGACAGGGACACAAUAUAGAUGUUCAACAUGGCCACCAGACCAAGUGUCUGCAACAACAGUUAGAGGGCCAGUCUGUUUCUGAAGGACAACAUGUAGUUACAUCUAACUCACAAGAGAGAAGAUCUUGCCCAUCAAGUUCAUCCCAGCCAGUGAAAAAAAGAAAAUUUGAUUUGCCAAUUGAGGAUAACUAUACCAUUAACCAGAGUUCAUUACAAAAUGCUCCAACUACUGUGCUUGCACUGCCUGUGCAGAGCCAGCAACAAGCCUAUAUUCCUCUUCGCCAAGAACUAUUAACUGUGGAUAGUAGCCAAUUGUAUGGACUAGUUCCUGCCAGUACAUCCUCAGCUGGACAGUUACCUAAUGUAGACUCUUGGGCAAUAUUCUCUGCUCAUGCAACCUGUCCUGAGUCUCAAGCUGUUAUGCAUACCUCUGUCCCUCAAGACACUUGUGGUAUAGUUCAAAUGGGAGAGAUACCGAUGAGCACUAGUAGCAUUAAAUUAGAAGAGAGCAGGGAAUGCUUUGAAGCUAAAAAGACUGUCCCUGAAAAAACUGUGCAUGCUGCUAACACAUCAAACUUCCCUAUGCAGUUGAUCAAUGUUAAUGGGAAUAUCCAAAUACCAAUGUCAGUACAGUCUGGUGGAAGAAUGUAUCAGUCUUCAAAGUACUGGGAUCAACAACAAAUACAGUCUCAAGGCUUACAGUGUUCACCAUCUGACCAACACUUACGUUUGCAAAGUAAUGCAGAUUUUCCUUGUGUGCUUAAGACAGAUGAAGGUGCAUUAUUUUGGAAGACAUGGGCCCAGAUUAAAAAUGCUGAAACACUAAAAGAAGCAGAAAGCAAAAUACCACAAUUUGGAGGAAGGAAACCUAUCAUUUUUAAGGAAGACAUUCUAUCAGUGCCAAUUGCAGAAUUAAAUUAUGGGCUAUGCCUAAUGAGCAGAGAAGCAAGAAAACAUGACGGUUCUCCAUAUGAUGCAGACAUGUUGUUUUAUUUAUUUCUAUGUAUGCAAAAGUACAUGUUUGAUAACAACAGAAUCGAUAACAUAUUUGCUGAUCUAUACUAUUCAAAGUUUUUAGAAAACCUUCAUGAAAUCCUUAAAGGAUGGUGCCCACGCGUAAAUCCAUUUGGUUACCUUAUAUCAAGUUGUAUAGCAGAAGAAAUGUUGUGGGACUGUAAACAACUUGGUGCCCAUUCACCCACUACUCUGCUUUUCACACUUAUGUAUUUUAACACAAAGUACUUUGUCUUGAAAACUGUAGAGCAGCAUUCACAGUUGGCUUUUUCCAAAAUUACAAAGCAAACAAGGAAAAAUCCUGGAAUUGGAAAAGAUAAAAACUGCACAAUACGAUUUCUUCGACUUUAUGGUCAAGUUCAAAGUGGGUUCAAAGUCACAGAAGAAACCUACGUGGAACAACUUGAAAACCCUGAUAAUCCAUUGCAGUGUCCUAUCAAGCUGUAUGAUUUUUAUCGCUUUAAAUGGGAAAAUGAGGAUUCAUAUGCUGUUCUUUGUGAAAUGCUUGCACUGCCAUUGAAGCAAUUGUCUGCCUCUGUGAUAAGCACAGUAGACAAAGGUGCUGACAGGACUUUGCACCUUCAUAGCCCACCAGAAGCUGCCACUGGGGAGCUGUCACAACAUAAAUUAGAGAUGGUCGAGCGGUCCUGCACCACGGGGGCCUUGGUUUCUCCACUACUACAAAAAUACAUAGAUCUGGAGUCCCAGAACCUGCCCGAGGGACGGACUGGUCAGUUAGUCAUACCCGAUCAGAAUGGAACAGGAGUAAUCCCGCAUAGCUCCAGAGCAAGGUCAGAGACACUUCAAGCCGGUCACAUAGACAGUGUCCCAUCUCUUCAUAUGCUAACUGCCCCUGGAUUUGGUGCUUCCCUUGCCCGUGAGGAUCCGGCAGUGGUGAUGCUGUCGGAUUACCUAAACAUAUGGAACCAGCAGAUGGACACACCAGGAUUGCUUAACCUGCGCAAUGUAGACCACUGA